AUGAGCCCAAACGACAACGACUCGACUCCUCACCAGCAAACCCCGGUACGCGACGUCGCCAGGACGGACACUCACGCACAAAACGUGGUUGCUGACCCGUCCGGGAUGCGCGAGGAGACGCGAUCGGCUUUGGACGCGUCCGAAGCCCAAGAGAGCGCGAGUCGUAUUUCUGAUGCGAGCUCUGAGCGGAUGGACCGGCUUGAAGGACUCCUCGAAGGGAUGGCACAGCAACAAGCUCAGUUUAUGGCAAACCAGAUGAAGAUGCAAGACCAGAUGAGUCGCCGUGCCGAUGCUGCUCCCACGCAUCCUGCCGAGCACUUCUUCAAUGGUUCAAGCGCGCUCACCGACUUUAUCAGAGCGCGGGACCGUCGGAUGAGGAGGGGCUCACUAGAUGAGCCCAUGCAGAAUGCCAUGCCGCCUGUAACGCCAUGCAUGCCGCCGCCUAAUCAGCCGCCGCAGCAAGUAAACCAGAAUCAGCCACCGAGAUCGUCGCCGAAUUUUACGCCGCGUGAAGAUUAUGGGUUAAAGAUACCUAAGCCUCGGGACCUGGACUGGCCCGGCUUUGCCAAGUUUACGGGUAAGGUGACAUACCCAGGCGUGGGUGCCGACUUCAAGGCGCGGGGAAUGCGUUUCCUACAACGAGUCGGUGCAGCUCAGAGGAUGAGCGGAGGUGAUUGGCCAGAAGAGUUUAAGGUCCUCGCGCUGAGUGGUAAGCUGGAUGGAGCGGCACUCAGCUAUUACGAGAAGAUGCUGCCGGUGUGGUCGUCGGUGUCGAACACACUCGAACACGUCCUGAACAGCAUGCUGUUGCUGUACAUGACGCCGAUUCCAUCUACUAAAGGAAUUGAGCUAAUGAUAAGCGAGAAGGAUCAAAACAAGACAUGUCCCAAGCACUACCGCUACCUUGUGUACGUGGCAGAGCGGUCGGGAAAUUCGGAGCAGAGUGUGCUAGAAUGCUUAUGCAAGUCGGCACCAUCGCACAUUCAAACCGCGAUGUUAACUCGGAUGAAUGCUCAACGACCUGAUUACCUUGUACAAGCUGCUGAGCUUGUUGCGUUCGCGAUUGAUUUUGAAAUUAGCAUGAAGAAGACGAAUAGCGGAGGAGGCCGAGACCGAGCUGUUCGAUCAAGCCGCGCGCUAGUAGUUCGCUACCCCGGCGGUGGACGAAGCGACCAAGGAGGGCGCGAAAGGAGAUACGUUGCACGGGUUGAAAGUGCCGAUUCUCGCAAAUGUUAUGGCUGUGGCGAGGCUGGUCAUAUUAAGGCCAACUGUCCAAAAAAAAGCGGUUCGAGCGUGCACCUUGUGAAAGAUGCGAUGAUGCUGAAGAACGUGAAGGAUUGCGACCAUUCAUGUCGCGCGGCAAACAACACGAUGGUCCGAGUGACCAAAGUGGGAACGGCCGAGCUGAAGACGGUGGUCAAUGGAAAAGAGGUUAUCGUGAACCUUGAUUAG